GCACAAGAAUUUCCUUUUACAAUCAUAGUUCCAUAGUCAUAUGCAUCCACUUUGCGGCUAUUGCAGCGCGAUGCAUCAAUGGGGGCUUCCUUUAGUCGGAACCCGUAUAAAAUGAUCAUUAUUUCUGAUGUUGAACGCAUUGCCCUCGGCCUCCGAUGUUCUUUUAUAAUGUCCAUUGCUGUGCUCUUUCCUGCAAACGACAGAGCUGGCCCAUUUUGACACCCUCUUGCUUUUCUCGGCUUUUUCUCAGCUCGAUGCUCGAGUUCAACUGACCCUGUCAAGUGGUGUUAUAGGAUGUCUAGCCUUUCUGUUCUGCGGUUUCAACCGUCGAGACUGGCUACUCGAGCACAAGUUUGCGCCCUUCAUCUUUCGUCUACAUCAUCUAUACCUAGGUCUCAGCACUAUCGAAAUCGAAGCCAUGCGAGAUCAAACUCCACAAAGACUAGCAUUGUACCACAGAACAGUCUACCGUUCGACAGCCAAAUCAUCAAACCUCCCUCCAACGCCGUCGAACAUGUGUUAACCACCUUGGACAGCAUUGUCAACUGGGCACGCCAAGGUUCCUUCUGGCCCUUGACAUUCGGUCUAGCCUGCUGCGGUAUAGAGAUGAUGCAUGUAUCCAUGCCACGUUACGAUCAGGACCGCCUCGGCAUCAUCUUCCGCGCUUCGCCUCGACAGGCUGAUGUCAUGAUCGUGGCUGGCACGGUCACAAACAAGAUGGCACCUGCUGUUCGACAAUGCUACGAUCAGAUGCCAGACCCGAAAUGGGUAAUCAGCAUGGGUAGCUGUGCCAAUGGAGGUGGCUAUUACCACUACAGCUACUCCGUCGUGAGGGGGGUGGAUCGGAUUAUACCUGUAGACAUCUACGUGCCCGGGUGCCCACCAACUGCAGAGGCCCUUCUACAUGGCGUCUUCCUCUUGCAGGCGAAGCAAAGAAGGACGAAGAUCACGAGGAUGUGGUAUCGGAAGUAGACUUGUGGGUAACGUCAUGUACUUUACUAUUCGGUGUAUGUUAUCCUGAUUUCUAUCUCUCUGCCGCAGCCUCUCCACUUCUGAUGCCAGCCAUCGUGUUAGAUUGCUAGACCUACCUUUAAUCACCUCAAAGUUAACGAUAUAGUACGUGAGGAAAUGACAUCAAGUCUACAGUGAUUGAGAGUCCCACCUUUCGCCUAGUACAAUAACAAAGCAUAAUGAUUAGUCUAGGCCUAGGACCUUGAGUGGCAUGAAGCUUAGUAUCAAACACGGUAUCAAGGGGUUCGCCAAUAAGGCACCACGAUGAGGCUUAAAAUCAUUUUUGUGCAAU